AUGCAAGAACACGAAGUUUGGAUUGAUAAGAAAAUUAGAGAAAAAGAAAUUGUUGAAUACAAUUACUAUGGAUUUAAAAACUUAAAAAUGAUUGGUAGUGGGGCCUAUAGUAGUGUUUACAGGGCAAUUAAUAAAGAAAAUACAGAUGAAGUGUUUGCAUUAAAAGAAAUCGAGAAUAAAGAAGAAAUUAGUAAAGAAAUUGUGAAUGAACUAAAGAACAUGCUUUCAAUAAAACACCACAAGAACAUUAUUAAAUUUUAUGGCAUUGCUAAAUUUGAAGAUUUUAAGGAUGAAAAUAGAAUCAAAUAUGUACUGGUACUUGAAUAUGCAGAUAGCGGUACUUUAAGCGAAUAUUUACUCAAAAAUGCCAAAAAAAUUGAGUGGGAAUUAAAAAUUCAGUUUGCAGCUCAACUUGUAGAUGCUAUUAAAUGGUUACAUGAUUCUGAUAUAGUUCACGGCGAUCUGGCAUUCCUACCAUCAAAAAUAAUGGAAGGUCUCAGAGAGAAACCGAUUCAAGGUAUAGAACAAGGAUAUAUUACCAUUUAUGAAAAAUGUUGGCAGAGUAAUCCGAAUGAUCGACCAUCUAUUAGUAUGGUGUCAUUAAUGUUAAACGUUAUCAUUUAUCCUCCUUUUCAGGAUAUCCCAAUUGUUGGCAUUGAUAACGAUGAAUCAGAUUUUGAAGAGCGUACAAAAGAAUAUAUUAAAUAUAUUAACACUAUCUUCGAUGAGCCUUCGAGAAUUACAUUCGAUGAUCAAGAUUCCAAGACUAUUUUCAUAAAUGAGCUUUAUUCUAAUCUUAAUCAGAUGCUUAACAAAGGCGAAUCCGUUCCUAGGACAAUUAAAAAUUACAUAUCUAAAAAUGGAAAAUCCGCUAAUGAUGUUUUAAUUUGGCUACAUCUUAAAAAUGAGCCAAGAUAUAUUUGUUUUCGUGGAAUAUUUUAUAUGUGGAAAAUUGGUACGAAAGAAAAGGAAAAAAACACAGAUGAUUUUAGUUUAUUCCUUGAUGCAGCAAAUGGGAAUGAAAUUAUUGCUAUGUAUUUUGUUGGAAGAUGUUAUGAAGUUGGUUGGAACACAAAAAAGAAUAUAAAGGAGGCAAUUAAAUGGUAUGAUAAUGCAAUUAACAAUGGGUGUACUGCAGCAGAAUGGAAGCUUGGAGAUUAUUAUUAUAGAUGCCAAGAAUAUUCUAAAGCAUUUAAAUUGUUCAGAAGCGCAGCUGACAAAGGUAAUAUAGUGGCAAUGUAUAAUUUAGGAUUGUGUUAUAGAAAAGGCCACGGAACAUACGAGGAUAUGAACGAAGGGUUUAAAUAUCUUAAGCAAGCUGCUGAAAUGGGAGUACCAAAUUCAACGUAUGAGCUUGCCCGAUGUUAUGAAUAUGGCAAAGGAACAACAAGAAACUUGCACAAAGCUUCAGAGUGGUAUCAAAAAGCUACUGAAAGCGGUCUAGAUUGCCGUAGCUAUCGGGAACAAGUCACUGCUAGAAUCAAGAGAGAGAUAUCUGAGUCAAAAUGCUGA